AGAGAGAGAGAGAGAGAGAGGGAGAGAGGAAACGUAAGAAAUUUUCCAUUUUCCAUUUUCCUUUUCCUUUUCCUUUGAGAGGAGGUGCUUUUAAAUAGCGAAGGUGGAAACUACAGCGGGAAUGCGUAUAGGUUCAGCUAGGUUCAGCUCUUUCUUUCCUCCAGUAUAGUGUGCCCCUCUCUAUCUCUGUCUGUAGGGUUUAUCCCACACUUUCUCUCGCUCUCUCUUUAUAUCUCUCUCCACUUGCCUAAUUUUCACGCUUAUUAUCUCUCACAUCGAGAUCUGAGUUUUCGCCACCGCCGGUCUCGUUCGGCUCUGAUCAGAUUUGAAUCGUAUCAGCUUGCAGUCAUGACCCCACCUAUAGAGACUCUGACUAAAGAUUCUGAGUCUCAGUUUGUUCCUAUUGAGACUCCGACUAAGGCUCCUGGCUCUCGUCAAACCUCACGGCCACCUCUUAAUGAAAGGAUACUUUCAUCCAUGACCAGGAGAUCAACUGCUGCACAUCCUUGGCAUGAUCUUGAGAUAGGACCUGGAGCCCCAACUGUUUUCAACUGUGUGAUUGAAAUUAGUAAGGGGAGCAAGGUGAAAUAUGAACUUGACAAAAAAACUGGGCUGAUCAAGGUUGAUCGUGUUCUUUACUCAUCAGUCGUGUACCCGCACAACUAUGGCUUCAUCCCUCGUACUCUUUGCGAGGACAAUGAUCCACUCGAUGUCUUGGUUAUUAUGCAGGAACCAGUUCUUCCUGGGUGCUUUCUUCGUGCUAAAGCAAUAGGCCUCAUGCCCAUGAUUGAUCAGGGAGAAAAAGAUGACAAGAUAAUUGCAGUAUGUGCCGAUGAUCCUGAGUAUCGACACUACACGGACAUCAAGGAGCUCCCACCACAUCGUUUGGCGGAGAUCCGCCGCUUCUUCGAAGAUUACAAGAAGAAUGAGAACAAGGAAGUUGCAGUCAAUGAUUUCCUCCCGGCCUCAAAGGCCUAUGAAGCAAUCCAGCAUUCCAUGGAUCUCUAUGCAGAUUACAUAGUGGAGAGCUUGAGGCGGUAGUUUGUUCAUCAUGCACAAUUGAUGGAUGGUGAACUAUGUUCAUUCCUGACCAAAAAAAAAAACAACUAUGUUCAUUUGAUAUAGAGAAAGUAAUGUUAUAUAAAAGUAUUGUUUGUCGUUGCGAGACUCUAUUAUCUCGCAGCAUUUUCACAUAUUUUGUGGGUUAUCAUACUUUUGAUGAAUUGUUUGCUAUAUACCUCUAUGAUGAUGACGAGAAGUACUCAAAAAGUCAAAACUCCUAUACUGUAACGACAAAGGAAGAGUAAUUUGAGAUAUUUCUCUGUCAUUUGGUGCCCUGUUUGUUGGCAAUAUUUUGUGAAGAUAUUUUGCUAUAUAUACAAAGUUUU